AUGUGGUGGCUGUUCCGCCAUUUAAGAUUCAUCCUUUUCGUUUCUACCAUGGAUUUUGUCACAGCUAAUGAUCAAUGUAGGACCGAAGUAAACAUAGAAGGAAUGGCUCUCGGGAGUUCUGUCUUCAAAAGAUGUUCACUGGCGGCUCCUCACCUUUGCGAUGUCAAAUGUAGACAAGAGAUUACGUGCCAAAGCUAUAACUACAAUCGAAAAUACCAAAUAUGUGAACUAAAUAACCGCACUAAGGAGGCGAGACCAGAGAAUUUCCUCUCAGCACCCGCGUGGUUUUACAUGCGGCGAUCGAACGGCAGAGGUAAGAAAUCAAAAGUCUUUCCAUCAAUGUGAUUUCUGUUUCUCUUAAAUCUUCGCCAUCCUCAACCUGUCACUUUCUCACCUGGAAGAGCUAAGAAUAGGAAGUGAAUGUAAAACAUAUCUUUACUUCAGCUUCCUUAGGUUCUAUCCCUGAAUUACCGGCGCUGUCUUGUCACGAAAUAAAGGCGAGUGAAGGUAAACACAUCAUAAGCGGCAAGUACUGGCUGGAUCCAACUAGGAAAGGAAAAGCAAAACUGAUUUACUGCGAUAUGGUUAACGAAGGUAGGUCCUAUAACUUUGCUCGAGUUAUUUUAUUUUGUAAUGAGUUAUCAUUAUUAAGAAAUUAAUAUAAAUUAUACUAUUAUUGAUAUCAUUAUCGCAAUAUUUGGUUUGGAUCAGUUCUAGCGUGGAUGCCUCUCUCAAGUUGCUCUAACUUAGUCCCUGUUUCUCUUUCAACAUUCUAGAUAUGGAUGAAUGUAAAUUUAACAUCAGUGACUGCGACGUGAAUGCAAACUGUACUAACACACAUGGUUCUCACAAAUGUACAUGUAAAGUGGGAUACAUCGGCGAUGGACGCUCAUGUUCAGGUAGUUUUGAAGAUGAUCUUAUUGAUAUUUCCUUAUGUAACUAAUUUUUGUUAAUCAUCUCAUAAUUUUAAGCAGCGUUAUCCAUGCAUGUUUAUGCACAGAGUUAUCAUGAUCCAUAUAUUUUAUAUAUGCCGCACCAUCCAGCUGCGUUGGAAGACAAUUAGACAAUUUAUCGAGUUGAGCAAGAGAAGAGAAGUUACAUGACCGCAAACAACCAUGUUUUAUUUUGAUUAUCAAAGAAACACAAUAUGUCUUUACUGAGAAUGAAAGGUGACUUUUUUAAAGAAUGAUAUAAUAGGUUUCACAAUCCGCCAAAAAAAGUCGUAAAGUCGUCAAGAUGAAAAAAUGCGUUAAACCAUUACAGAAACAGACAAAAGGCGUAACUUUCUUUUCAUAAAAUUCUCAGUUGACUUUUUUCUUACCGAAAGAAAAAUAUUUUCACGUGAAAGACAAAAAUAGGCCUUUGCUAAGAAAAAAAUAGAAUUUUUUAAAGAAUGAAAUUAGAAGUUUCACAUUCCGCGAAAAAAAAGUCUACCAAGGAAGACUAGCAAGGCUAAUCUUUGACGAUUGAUAUCCGACUACAAUUUGGAACGGUGUCUAGAGAGAGAUUCCGCUGCAGUGGAAGUUUUUGUUUAGUCUAAAUUAAUAAUUAAUUUGUCACAAUGAUAAUAAUGCUCUUUCACCUCAUAAAAGUUUAAAAAACUAAUGUAUAUCUCACUCGUUUAACUACUAACGUUUUAUAAUUUUGCUUUUCUUUCCCAUUUUUUUAGAUAUUGACGAGUGCCAAAAAAAUACUCACAAUUGUCACCCGAACGCUACUUGUCAAAACACUAAUGGAUCCUUUGUGUGCAACUGUUUAUUUGGAUUUAACGGAGAUGGACGGAACUGCACAGGUAAAGGCCUUUAGAUUGUAAUCGCCUCGUUAUGACCUUACUUGUUCGUUUGUGUUUGUAUUUUUAAUUGUUUUUUUAAUUUGUAAGUUCCUUCUUUGUUUGUUUGAUUGUUUGUUUUGAUAAAGUAGUUACCCUUGCCUUAAUAUUUUUGACCAAUGGUAGAAAAUGAAAAUCUUUAAUCCCAAUUGAAAGCAAGAGGACGAAAUGCACUCAAUGUUCAAAAUAAGGAGGUUUAGACAUGUAUCAUGCUCUAAGAAUCGUGAUUGAAAGCCUGUCAUUUCUCAGAUAUUGACGAAUGUGCAAUAAAUCUUUCUUGUCAUGUGAAUGCUAACUGUACCAACACAAUUGGAUCACAUGUAUGUACAUGCCACACUGGAUACACUGGAGAUGGACAAACUUGCUCAAGUGAUUUUGAUAACUUUUCUUCAUCGUCAGAAAAAUCCUUUAUUACCGAAGAGAGGCAACCUCCAUUGCUGCUCUUUCUAUACAUACAAUCCCAGCUACCCAAAGCGGGAGGUAAUCUGAAACGUCUUUUUAGCUCAAAUUAUAAGGCCGAAAGUAGUCAAACAUUUAUCCUGAAAUUCAUCCCUCAUUAAAAAUUGUGGAUUGUUUUGUUUUGUCCCACAUCCUUUGAGAUUAGAUUUGCAGUAUUUUGGAUAGGUAUUCAUUAUAUCUUGAUUCACCAAAACAUUUUUCAUCAUAACAUCAACUCUGGGUUGUGACGUGGUGCACUUGAUCCCCAUCAGACAUUGACGAGUGUUCACAGAUGAACAUCUGCGAUGAGCACGCCUCCUGCAGUAAUACCCAGGGCUCCUACAGUUGUGCCUGUAAUCCUAAAUACAUUGGGAAUGGUCUGACUUGUAAAGAUUACUCUCUCCUAAUCCAUGCCUUAUAUAUUUUUUAGAGAUGGUACUGACUGAACUCGCUGUAAAUAAUGUUGAGUGAAUGGCUAUUCUUGUUUGGCCAUGCAACAAAUUACGUUAAUUUUAAGUGCUUUUAGUUUGCUUGGAAACGUCCUUCGACAAACAUUGAGGAUAAAGAAAGAUAGAUUUGAUUUUUUACAUCAUAUUGGUGGACUUGAUGUGCAUUGUUUUUGUCCACCAGGAGAGAAAAUAAUUUUUUCUCGAUGAUGCAUAACUGUUUUGCAAAUUGAAUUAUAUUGAUGAUGUCUCAAUUAAACAGAAUAGUCUGAUUGGUUAAAAUCGAUGUUGAUCGCAGCUACGAUUUUCUCACUCUGACCUAAUAAGGUGAUUCCUCAACAAAAAAAAAAGUCAUCUGACAAUUAUUUUAGUCUGCCUUUAAAUGUUUCCUACCAAUGGCUGUUUCGAAAAAUGCAAUAAGCAAGGCAGGUCACCUAGCUUGUUUGAGAGAAAUGACGAGGAAAACCUACCUCAUUUAUGUACUAGCAAUUUUUCACGCGCGUCAUUUCAAGGUACAUUUUUCUGUACCUGGAAGCAAGGGUUUUCGAAGUAAAAUUAAAACAAAAAACUUAAAGGUACAAAGUCUCGAGCGUGGGGAAAAUUUGAUAAGUAAUUUGUGGAAAUUAUUUAUAUACAUUAGUAAUUAUUAUUACUUAAAACGUUCCUCACGUCAUUGUUUUCAAGGUAAUAAUUUUCAUCAUCAAGUAACGGGCUUUGUGCACGCUUUUAGCUAUGUUUUUUUUUUACCUUCGAUAAUUUUCUUAAUUUCUCCAAGUUAAAGGGGAAAAUUUGUACACAAAAAUUAUGCAAUGAAAAAUAGAGGUCACCGAGCUCGUUCAAGAGCAAAAGAGCAUUGUACCUAUUUGCAUGGUCCAUUUAUUGAAAAGCAAUACCGUGUUCUCAGAAUGCGUGCGCUUACUUGCCUGAUUACGUGAUUUUUAUGCGCAGUACAGGAUGCCCAGUGCAAUACUGAGGAAUCACCUUCAGACUGAUAGCAAGAUUUAGUUUGUUUUGUUUAUUUAAAUAGCAAUUAAUGGAAUAAUAUUUGUCCAAAUAAGGAAAACGUAAGCAAAUUUGAGUGUAGCCGACGAAACUACGAGCAUAGCAACUUGACUUUUUACAACGCGAAUUUUUGUCAGAUGCCAAUUUGAUUGGCUAUUAGGAAACACUGAAACAAAGAAAUAGUAGAGAUGGUAAGUUUUGAGCUCGAUGAAGAAUUAAGAAAGAUGUUUUUUCGUCUUGUCACGAGCGUGGGAUAAAGAAAAAUUAUGAGUCCCCAUGAGGAAUCUUCUUCACCGAGCUCAAAACUUACCAUCUCCACUAUUUCUAUCAAAAACAUUACACUAUCGACAUUGCUGAUCCUAGCAGUAUGCAGGACGCGUGUUAUAAGAACUUCGUAAUAGACCUCGCUUACCGAAGAGUCUUUGUGGCUUAGUGGUAGAGCAUCGGAGCACAAAUUCGAAGGUCUGAGGUUCGAUUCCUCGUGGGGAGUCAGAAUUUUUCUUUAUCCCUCGCCCAUGACAAAACGAAAAAACAUCCUUCUUAACAUUUACCUGUCUCUGUAACGUUAUUGGAAAGAUAUGCUUAUACUUUUUCCCGUGUUAACAUUUUCUCAUUUAAACACUCGAGGCUAGGAAAUUUCUUGAAAGUUAUGCAAACCCUUGACUGCGUAUUGGGUUCGCAUAACUUUCUCAAAUUCUCCCAACCUCCUCUCGUGUUUAGGUGAGAGUAUGUAAACAUGGAAAAAAGGUUCUCUAUUGCUUAAGCAGCAAUCGGCCCCAACAAAGUUUUGGAGGCAUAUCUGCUCAGAUCGAAGAAAAAGUAAUUACUUCACUUCAAUUCCACAACGACACAGAAAACUUUUUCACAGUUAAAUAAUUCUAGCCCUAAGGAAUUUUUGCGGGAGCACUUAUUAACAAGUUUGAUGGCUUUACAUUCAUCAACAAUCUUUUUUGUGGUCAGCAGUCGAUGAUUGCAGGGCUGUGUGAAAAGCGAUCACGGAGCAAUCGCGCCACAGUCACGCAUUGAAAUUCUUUGAAUAUGGUAACUUUUAAGGGAUUUUGUAUUGAGGCUGUAUGACAAACUCGGCUAUUUUUUCCUCAUUCAAUAAAUAAAGAAUCAUACUUGGGUACGCCUUGAUAUGGAAUUUCUCUUCGAAUAUUCAACUUGUUAUCUCGUGAGCGAGAGCAGCGAGCGAGUAAGGUAUCGAGCAAGAGAAUAUAAACUGCUAUAAUCUCUUGGUAUCGAGAUAAACACGAGAAGAGAAGUUUCAUAUCUGCAAGCGACCAUCUAUUAUUUUUUUUACCAUGUAAACACAAUAGGCCUUUACUGGGAAGAAAAGUCGAAUUUUUAAAAAAUGAAAUUAUAGGUUUCACAAUCCGCGAAAAAAAAGGCGUAAAGCGCAUUGGCGAUAGGACUCAAGAUGAAAAAAAUGCGUUGAACCAUUACAGAAACAGACAGUGGGCGUAGCUUUCUUUUCACAAAAUUCUCAGUUAUUGACUUUUUCCUUAUCGACAAAAGAAAUAUUUUCAUGUACACGGCCGAAAUCGGCCUGUGGCAAAUCUUCCAGUUGUCGAUUUUCGUUCUCAGCCACGAGAAAUACCAUUACCCAGGUCAAGGACCUAACUUUUAAGUUAACCUUAAAAGGUUUUUCUUUUCCUAUUUUGUCUUACGACCCCUUCCAGGAAAUUUUGAGUGACAUUGUCUGUUAGAAAUACGAAUUUUUGUUUUUUCUUAGCAGCCAUAAUUCGAGAAAAUCUCGACAUACGACCCUGGAUUGAGAACGGUCAACGCUUUGGCUUUCAUUUAUUAACCUGACACAGCUGACUGGUGAUAUCAAACACGCGUAAAAAAUUAUUGUAAUAUUAUACGCCUUUUUAACAAGGAUUUCCCGGCUCUUUUCAGGUUUUAAACCAACGCAAUUUCUAUAAUAGCUUUUCCCUUAAACUUUCUUAUAGCGAAAUAUAUAAAACAUUGUAUUAACCGAAAUUCAACUUUUUAGCCGAUCCGUGCUAUAAUUACAGAAACCUGAGCGAUGCUGAUAGAAAGAGCACUUACAACACACCCUACGGUGGAGAAAAAUGUGACGACGAUUCCUCAUCCUUAAUAUUCGGGAAUUGGUAUCGUUUCGUAGGAGAUGCAGGAACAAAAAUGCCAACCCAGUGCGUACCGGGUUAUAGAUGUGGUGCGGUCCUCUCAGGCUGGCUAAAAGGUGGUCACCCCACAUUGGCAGAUGGUGAGGUUUCCUCCGAGGUCUGCUUUACCAGAGGUGGAGAUUGUUGCAAGAAAUCAACGGACAUAAAAGUGAAAGACUGCGAAUCCUACUUUAUAUACAAACUACAAAAGGUCUUUCCUUGUAAUCUGCGCUACUGUGGCACAGACUGAAUGCUAUAAGCAAGUCAUUCUGCUCAACGAAAGGAUUCACAAAUCGAUUUAAUCAUUGGCACAUGCACAUUAAUGUAUAUCAGGGACUUUAAGAAUUUCACAUGAUCCACUUUUUAUGAUUAGUGUUAAACAUUGAAUAGUUUGAACAGAAGAGUACCUUUGAACUGCAUAGUUUGAUCUUCCAAGUAAGAGUACUCCUGAGAAGUUGUGACUGAAGGUUGUCAGUGUUACUGAUUGACGUUUCUGUAACCUUAGCGGAAAUCAUCAUCAGAGUCGACUGAACAAUUGUUGUUUAUCCGAGUAUUAGAGGAGACUCCCCCCACCCUCAGCUAGUGUCAACAAUUAUGGGCAUUAACGAGCUUCCAAAUAAUCUUAUCAUCAUCUCUAUCUAUUCUAAUCAAACAUCUUCAUUAAGUUUUAAGCAAAACUUUGAGCAUUGUAUUUUGCUUAUUACUAAACGUUUUGAACUCUUGAUGUUUACUCAGGUCGUUAGAAACUAAAGCAGCUUUUGAAACCCACGUCGUCUGUACAUGAAGUUGUUAUUCUGUCUAAAAGCGUUCCACGUUGGGUCACGGCGGUCCGUGAUUAUAAGCAAGUUAUUUACUAUGUUCAGUCGUGCUUUCAUUAGCAUCAUGAUUUACAGGGAUUUUUAAAUCGUGUUCGGUGUGUUGUGGAUAGAGAAAUAAAUAAUUUCUAGAAUUUUUAGUCACUAUGACAUCGAUACUCAAACUUUCUGGUGACAUAUCACGGAACACUAGAACAUUCUAAUAGGUUAUGUGGUUACGAUCUAUUUCUACCACAACAGUUGUGUUGUAAGCCUCGAAUUCUGGAAUGUUUCGAAGUACGUUAUGACGGUAUAUUAGGACUCGGUCAGCUAGGAGUACUAAUUUCUUUAGUCAGAAAAGACCGAAUAUCUAGGAAGCUCUACAAAAGAUAGCUCAUUACUCAGUACUGUGAUAUACUUAAAAGAUUGUGUAUUUUGUGGAGAUUCUCUCUCAGUAGAGAGCUAAGUUUUAGUCUGUAGUGGGCUUAAGUAAGUUUUUAAAGGACAAUUAUUGUAUUGCCUAUACGAGUAGCUCCUGAGAAAGAAUCAUUAUACAUUGUUUAAUAAAGUAGUUUAAGUUGUAGGAGUUUAGUAUUCCUUAUUUUGAUUUAAUCAUACCAUAGCAGGUGAAUCUUGUAGGAAAGCGUUUUGGGUGAAAUGGGUAAAAUCUGAAUGAUGUCUACGCUAGUAGUUCUUUCAAAGCCAUUCCAACAAAAUGAGCUCCGAAAUAAAGACCAGUUAAAACCUAAUUUAAUAACCUUUUCAGGUUAUUUGUGUGUAUGUGACCAGUAACAGAGAUGGUGUGAUCUGCUACUCUGGUUGCUUUAUUUAACACUGACAGUGAACCUAAGACAAAUAGCACGUCUUAGUUCUCCAAGGUUUACGUGUCUUUGUUGCACUUUAGAAAAUCUGCGUUGACUUUCCCAAGGGCCAAAUCCUCUUAUCGCUUGCUAUUCAAAAUAUCUACAUGUAAUCAGUGUAAGGUUACUUGAAACAAUGAAUUAUCACUUACCAGAUGUCAGCAAACAAAACAGAUUCCACUGUAUCUUUUUCGUGUUGUUAAAGCUACUUUCGCUAGUGUUGUUGAAGCGCAAAGUUCAUCAUUCCAUCGGGUGAAUAAUCAAUAAUCUCCGGAGGGGUUUCCGAACUUUAGGAAGUGAGAGGUUGAUUUGUUGAGAUAUCUCUCUCCUUUAGUGAGACAUCAACGGCCUUCCGACACAUUUUAAAUUUAUCAUUAUUAUCUAGGUUUAAUUGGGCAAUAAUCUCAAUUUUUAUAAAUGAGCUCUCCUCUUGAGUUUAUCAAGACAAAUUUCUGACAGAAACAGUUUCGUUGAUCAAUUUUCCCUUUAGUCAAUUAUUUGAUGGGAAACUGAUCUUUUCAAAAAAUCCCACAGAAUUAGCAAAAUCACAAAUACAUGUACAUUUACUUGAGAAAAUAUCUUUGUUAGAGACUCUGUUUAGUAGAGUAAAUGGUUGUUGCUACGGUUAUUAUAAUCAACUCUGUGUUUGGGGAAUUUGGAGGAGUGGACUUAAUGUGAUUAGCUGCUUUAACUGUCCGAUUACAGGUGUCCAAUUACAGUUGACUGUCCGAUUGCACUGUCCGAUUACAACUCUACAGAUUAAUUAGUGCUAAAAUAAAGCAGCUAAAGUACAUAAACAUUUGAGGACAUUGUAAUGGUUAUGCCUGGUCGUGGAGGAGAGAGAUGCGAUAAUGUUGUGUUUUGUUACUUAUACAACUCUUAAGUUUCAUCACUGCAUUAGCUUUGCUUAGUCCCUCAGAAACGCAACUGGUUCUUUACCUGUCUAGAUGUAAACCAUAAAUGGUGCUAGUCAAAUCUGAUUCAAUUUCCCAAAGAUUUCUGUCGCAAGAUGGAAUUUACAUCUUCUCUUGCUUUCCUUGGCAAACGGCUCAUAAACCACUUGAUUCCCCCGUAGAAUCCCCCGCACAAGACCUCUGCUCAGCUUUAUGCUACAAGGAAGUAUUAGUAUGUAAAGUUAGCUCAACCUUGGGUUUUUUAGCUUGUAAAUGUUUCGACGGUAAGUUGUUUCACUGAUAUGUUGUUUGGCUGGUUGCGCAAUGUUUUUUUGCAAUUGGUUUGUAUGGUUGACGGGUUGCGUGGCUGGUUGUUUGGUUGAUUUGAUCUCAUGUGACAUUUCAAUAUUCAUUUUAAAGUAUCAUUACCACUUACCACUUCAAUUGGCAUAUAUUUGCUUUUAAACCUCAUUUUCACACCAGAAUACUUGUGGACAGACUCCAUGCCAACAUAAUGGCACUUGUCAGACAGGAUUUACAGACAAAGGUUACAGAUGCCUUUUUCCACCUGAAUACAAGGGCACCAACUGCGAGAAAAGAAACGGUUGGUAAAAAUACAUUUUUCAUUUGGUGAAAUACUUUUAUCAAAAACUCUACCUAACCCUUUAAGUUAUCUUUCGAUGAAUCCAACUGUAAGUCUUAUUCAGCCCAACUCCAUUAUUUUGUUCAAAAUGAAGUCAUCAUAUAUAUGCUGGUUCUUUUCCCAAAAGUAAGAUGGAUACAGAUGACGCCAUGUACAGUUUGCUUUGGGGCACGAGAUGAUUCGUAUGGUUUCUCUAGAACUUCCAAGGCGGGUAACAUCAUUACAUUCAAAUUAACGUACAAAUUCGGUUACGUGACCUAUCAUUCAUCGAACCCAAGCUACCAAUCCCAUUGGGGAUGCCUUUAGAACCGUCUCAUUCCCAACCAAAUGGCCACGUUGAUAACUGACAAAAACCGAAAUCUUGUUCUCCCAAAGAGUGAUUUCCUCUCAGGUUAUUGGGGCUGCAAGUUUUACAGCCUGCCUUGGGCCACAACCGAAUCGCCACAACUGCUCUUUGAUAAUUUCUCUACCCCGCUGGCGGUGGAAACGAGCCAAGAAUUCCAAAUCUGGUACAGCGAGGAUUUGUUCAAAUGGGGUUAUGGCGUUAAUGGGUUCGAAAAAACGUGUGUUGCAGUGUAUAUGUUUGAGUAGUCGCCCAAAUUACAAAGUAAAUUGAAGAAGAGAGUGCCAAAAUUGUUGUUCAUGCCUUUAUUACUUCAAUAUUAGACAGCUGCAACUCACUACUAUAUGGUCUACCGAAGCAUCUACUUUCAAGAUUGCAAUCCGUUUGAAAUAUAGCAGCUCGAAAUGAUACACGUACUAGGAUAUUGAUCGUAUGACCCCAAUCCCAAAAAAAGCUUUUUUAUGAUUUUAACGUAAAGUACCGUGGACAAUUAGUGGUUUGGCGAUGUAUAAAUAUAUUUACUAUUAUCAUUUAUUAUACAUGUACUUAUGACAUCAGGAAAAAAUACUCAAACUUUAGUGACGUUCCUCUCUUCGAUUCAAGAACGAAGGAAAAGAAUGCUUGUCCUGGUAAAGGCCUCGCUUGGAAUCGAGAAUUCAUAGGAAUGACCUGCGCGACUUUACGAUAUGCACCCUAAGAAUAUGACUUGUGAUGGAUGAUGGAUGAUGGAAGAACUCCAUACCUUUUUCGUCAGCUUUUUUACCCUUUACGGCGGCUAAUUUACGUUUUCAAUUCAGUUGUUAACACUAAAUUACCUGCUAUACUCUCCCACCGACGCAGCAUCACAGUUUCUUUAGAAACUUACCCCCUUAUUCAAAGGUUAUAAAUGCCUUUGCCGACCUGAAUACUUGGGCACCAAAUGCGAAGAAAGAAACGGUAGGUCAAAAAGUAUUUUUAAUUUGGUGAAAUACUUUUAUAAAAAGCUCUACCUGACCCUUUAAGUUAUUUAUCGAUGAAUUCAACUGUCAGUCCUAUUCAGCCGUCUGUCUACUCCCCCAGAUGUCUGAAUCCCCUUUUGUCCCCCCGCUUUCCUAUCCAUCUGUCUGACUGAGCGGCUGGCUGUCUAGACGUGUAUUCUUGUUAUCCAACUCACAUUUUUUGUUCAAAAUCAAUUCAUCACAUAAGUGCUGGUUCUUUUCCAAGCAAUAAGAUGGAUGCAGUUGAAGUCAUCGAUAGUUUGCUUUAGAACAAGAGAUGAUUGGUAUGGUUUCUUUAGAACUUCCAAGGCGGGUAACAUUACAUUCAAAUAAAUGCACAAAUCUGGUUAUGCGACCUAGGCAUUUAUUGAACCCAAGCUAUCAAUCCAAAUGGGGAUCCCUUUGGAACCUUUUCAUUCCCAACCAAAUGGCUACGUUUAUAACUGACAAAAACCGUAAUCUUCUUCUCCUAAAGAGUGAUUUCUUACCAGAUUAUUGGGACUGCAAGUUUUACAGCCUGCCUUGGGCCACAGCCGAAUCGCUACAACUUCUCUUUGAUAAUUUGUCUACCCCGUUGACGGUGGAGACGAACCAAGAAUUCGAAAUCUGGUUCAGCGAGGACUUGUUCAAAUGGGGUUAUGGCGAUAAUGGGUACGAAAAAACGUGUUGCAGUGUAUGGUUUGUACGUUUGCAAAAUGAGAAAGUACAUUGAAGAAGAGAGUGCCAUAAUUGUUCUUCAUGCCUUUAUUACUUCAAUAUUAGAUAGCUGCAACUCACCGCUGUAUGGUCUGCCUCAGCAUCUACUUUCAAAAUUACAAUCCGUUUAAAAUACAGCAGCUUGAAUUAUUACAUGUACAAGGAAAUUUGAUCGCAUGACCCCUAUCCUAUAAAAAGCUUCACUGGCUUCCUGUCCGUCACUGUAUGGUUUAUAAAAUUCUUUCACUGCUCUACAAGGCUAUCAAUGGAACAGUGUCGUGCCACAUUUGUGACUUAUUUGAUUAUCGCAACUCUAAAGGGACAUUAAGGUCCUCUUCUCAAUACCCUCUGGCGACCCCGAAAGCGAGACUAAAGACUUGCGGACAGAGAACGUUUGCUGUGGCGGCACCAGGACUAUGAAACUCGAUCCCACUUGGAAUAAGAUCUAGUUCUUCAAUUAAUAGUUUUAAAAGACAUUUAAAAACGUAUCCUUUUAAACAAGCUUAUAACUUUUUUUAAAUUUUUUUUGAUGGUAAAUUUGUUUAAUUAUCUUAGAAGUUUUAAAUUACUUUAUUCCUACAUAGGGAUAUAUUUUUUUUCCUUUCCUUUUUUUCUUUUAGCUUUUUAAUAAUCUUAAUAUCAAGCGCCAUAGACAAUAUUAGAGGAUUUAGCGCUGUAUAAAUAUCUUUAUCAUUAUCAUUUAUAAUAAUCUACGGUUUGAUUCAGCGAUCUGAAUACAUGUAAUCAUGACAUCAGUGAAAAAAAAAAUACUCUAUCAUUAGUGACGUCACUCUCUUCGAUUCAAGAAUGAAGGAAAAGAAUGCUUUUCUUGGUAAAAGCCUGGCCUGGUAACGAAAAUUCAUAAGAAUGACUUGUGCGAUUUUAUGACGUACACUCUAAUUAUAUAGAGAUGAAAUAAAGAAACUUGGGCAUAUGCUGGUCUAUUUUUAUUUUCCCCUUGCACCUUUUCUUACAAUGGUUGGCUUCCGGGUUCAUGGAAUAUUUGAGAAUAAACCUGGCGAGAUAUAAAUUCAAAUUCCACCUCCAUUUUCUUAUGUAGGAUACCUCAGAGUCUUAUCGGUUCUGCGAGCAUUCGCCCUUUUUAAUUUGAACGAUCAAUUUGCUGCCUUAAACACCUCCUGGAAAAAGCUUACAUUGAUUUCUGAGAAUACUUUGUCAUUUCCGUUCUACUCGUAGGUUUUCAAUGGACUGUAUAAUGCCCAACGGAAAGAAAGGGGGGUAAUAAGGUAAUUAAGUAUUAUCAAGUGGGUUAAUAAUGUAAAUUGGCCACCGUUCACAUUUUAUUUUUAACCGUUAGCCCUUCGUCAUUCUCUCUGACGAAGUAAGGGAUGAUUUCUCUCAGUUCGUUCUUUCUUUCGUUAUUUAUAUAUCGUGGUUUUUACUCCCGUGGCAAAAUAAGAGCAGUUUAUACUGUAUGCUUUAGGUAUAUUUGCUGUACCAACGUGAAAAAAUUUCAAAAUAACGGUUUGACUUUCAGGUUCUACUAGAGAAUCACAUGAAACCAGAAAAUUGCCAACGAGCGUUCUGGGUUUUCACACAUGUACAUGUAUGGCUCCAGAAUGAAAACCAAAUCCCAUUUUCAUUCUUUUCUCUUUUUCCCGUUUCUUUUGACAAAUAUUGACGAAUGCAAAACAUAUCCUGGCAAAUAUCACGUAAACGCUACUUGUAAUAACUCAUACUAAUCACACAAUUGCACAUGCAAACCUGGAUAUACUGGAGAUGGACGCAAUCGUAAAGGUACAGUCAAUAAUCCCAGAUUGUUGUCGUUUUUUUGAUAUCAUGGAAAGCCAGGAUUUAAUUUUUGUAACGUAUAGGAAGGCAGUUACCCGACUAAAACUUUCGUAGUGCUAGCCUUUUUCACAGAUAACUUGUUUUCUACAUUUAAGACAUUCUCUUGUUCUCACAAUCCAGCAAAGGGUUGACUACAGCCGUAGUUGCAAUCUUUAACACGGUAACCGCUUAUGUACAGGGACGUUUGCAUAAUUAUUAAAUCUCCUUCUAUCUGUAAUUUCUUAGAUAUUGAUGAAUGUGAAGGAAGUCAUCUUGUCGCUUAAGUGCUACAUGCAUAAACCGUGGGAUCACACGACUGUCAAUGUCAGCCUGUAUAUACUGAAAAUGGAAAAAGCUGCACAGGUAGUUGUUCGCUUUCCUUAAAGUAAGAACCUGAGCUGGUGGGAAAAGUCUUACUUCAAUGCAGGGCAUGUUGCCAUUGGUAGAAAAUCAAAUCCUUGAUGAUUUGUUUUACACUGUUUUUAAUCAUUACAAAACCUUUAAGGUCAUUUUUCGAAAUUCAGAAUUCUGAUACUUUUUGUUUGUUUCUUCUGCCUUUAGAUGGACGUUACAUUAAUGACAGACAACAGUCUGGAACGAAAUCGCAAGUUUGGCUUUGAAUCUUGGAGCUAAAAGAAGGUGUAAUAUUUCAUAAAUGCGUCAAGCAACAAAAUGAAGAUGAAAAGAAAAAUUAAAUAUAAGUACAGUAUGCAUUCAAACAAAAUUUCAGUAAUCGGUGACGUUAUUAGUAUUGACUGCCCGUCUAAAUAUAGCGAACUCCUGUGUAACCAAAAGAAUAAAAUUGAAUGGAUUCGGAUACUGCUAUCCAUCGCUAAUAAAAUGUAAUUACACAUAUUGAUCUUUUAAGCGUCGUUGACUGAAAAUGUCCCACACAAGUACUUCUUGACCUUAACGCUUAAUAACUAUGAGUUGUUCUUGUAAAAUGAAAGGCCUGGUUUUGGUCGCUAAACUGCUAAAAUUAUGAGACGCUUUAACAAAUCAGUUAACCAUUUAUUCUAUUUACCACAAUCAUCUUUAACUUUGUAGCCGAUCCGUGUAAUACUUAUAAAGAACUGAGCGAUGCCAAUAAAAGAAGGAGUAACAAAACGCCCAAAUCUGGACCAGUGUUGGGUGACAACCAACUUCUUGAGGGAUGGUUUCGUUUUGUGGGAGCUGCAGUAACAAAAAUGCCAACAACGCGUGUGCCAGCAUAUAGAUGUGAUACAGAUUGGUCAAGCAGGUUGAAUGGUGCUCAUCCUACAGUGGAAGAUGAUGAGGUUCUCAGAAAGGUCUGCUUUAGUAACCGUCCUACCGGUUGUAAAUACCCAACAGAGAUUUCUGUUGGGUAUUUACAUAGAAAUCAUAGCAGUAUUUACAUUGAUCCUAAGGUACAUUUUUUUCGGAGAUUUUACGCAGUCCUCUUUUCGUCAUAAUAACUUUAAUGAUAUUUUAAAAUUACUUGGGCAGAUUUUCUACGUUGAUGACAUCCUCAUAAACUGUGCAAUCAAGAAUGCUUCAGUAGAAUUUCAUCGUACCGGUUAUUUUCAUUACUUCAGUAGAUUUUGUACACUGGCUGCGUUCUGUUAAAUUGUGAUGAUAAAAAAUCUCAUACGUAAUAAUUUGUAGGACAUGUUUGCAACCAGAAUAAGGAACGAAAAAAAGAAUUAAAAAAUUGAAACAAUGAAAAUGAAAGGAAAAAUAACAAAUAUUGAUAUUCUGGACAAGCAGGAUCACCAUUUAGCACGACCACUAGCAAAAUAAGAAGUAAGACUCUUUACAAGAAUUAGAUAGCUGUAACACAGGACACAAGUUACCUAUAUCACGUUUUCCAAUUUUACGCAAUAUUUAUGGACCCUAGGCAGGUGGUUCUCCACAUCAGUCGACGACCAAAGUGUCUAAUAAGGGUAAUACGUUGUAAGAGAUGGAAAAAUAAUUGAGGUUGGCGAUAAACAAAGCGCAGCCACAAAGUUGAACACUAGGCAAACGAAAAAAAAUCCAGAGAGUAGCAUGGUGGGGGUCUGAACCCGGGACCAACAGAUUACAACUCCAACGCGCCCUGGCCACUCGGUCACACUGCCGUCAAAUCCGAACACAUCUAUAGAGAAAAUUUUAUAAUUGGACGUUUUAUUCCCGUUUCAGAACUUCAAAGUUUCAAACGAUUUUCCAGAGGCGGAGUAAGAAAACAAAUAGGUUAAACAGAUUCACACCAUUUCAAUUUUUCACAAACCAACAGGAUAUAUCAAAAUGGAUCGCUCAUACGUUAGUUUGAUUCAGAAUUUGAUACUUUGAACAUGGCAGUCACGAAGUGUCGCGAUAGAGCUCAUUUCAGCAAUUGGACACGUCAAUUUCGCAAUGCCUAGAAUUUUGUGAUGAUAUACACCGAGGUUUGAUCAUUCUAAAAUUAGACGUCACAUUGGUUAACUAUCUAAUCAUAUUUUCAACUUGAAUUUUAUUUUUAACUCAAGAAAACAUGGAUAGACAAUUACUUCAAGCUGAUGCGAGUUCGUGCAAGUUGUAAAUAACACUUUUAAAUGGUUAAGAAACUUAUCAGUAGAUUUUGUUGUAAUGUUAGAUUUAGCAUCAAAAUUAAACUGCGUUUAUUGCAGUUUCUCGCUGAAAAAAAUUUUAUGUUUGUUUGUUUGGCUUUUUUUUUUCUGGUAGAAUAAUAUCUAUUUGAGCUCAGUAGGAGAGCUGUUAUUACAAAAAAACUGCCCUCGUUCGAAUAAUAAAAAAGACGAUUACGGCAUGAAAAAGAAAUCUUCAAAUGUCACUGUGAGUUGAAUGGGGAAAUGUUAUUCACGAUUCCCUUCAUUUCAUUUUUUUCCCAUGUCCAAGAAGAAAGUUGAAAACAGAUCGAGCUACUGAUGCAGAACAUUGGCUGGUUUCUUUAUAAAACUAAAAAAACCUAUCAGAAUAUGGUUAAAUCAUAGUUGGGCUAAUCAAAGAAAACUGAUAGAGGUUGAUUAAUUCCGAGGAUUAACUUGAUAAAUUUUGUAGAGAUGCUUGGCGAAUUCAAACUAGCUUGACAAAGAUUGUACAGCGCCUAGUCAAUAUUUCACGGCAAAAAACUAGCGUUUACCGUAUCGAACACGAAGAUUGAAUUCACGGAAAACGCAGCAUUUUAUAAACGUUUACACACGUUUUGCGUACGGAAAAUCCAACGUUUUCUAUGCGUUUUCCCAUCGGUGAAUCCCAGUUUUCGUUCCAUUAUACGGUAGUUUUCCCUCGCGGUAAAUGCAGGUAAACAAAUCAUUUUCCGGCGUUAACCGCUCGGUUAACGUACCGCAAAUAGCUUAUUUUCUUUUGUUCAUUGGCAUUUUCCCAGUGUACAGCAACGUAUUCACCGGAGUUUGCGGCUGAAAACGCACAUUUUCCUUGAAGGUUAAUGUGUGUAAAUGCAGGAAAACGUAAUGAUUUCCUGCGUUUGCCGUUCGUACAACGCAUAGAAAAUGUACAUUAAUUUCACACGAACCAUUUUCAGAGAGUGUUCUGCAGUGAUUGAACAUCAAAGUAAAUGUAAUGGACCUUUCAGAAUCUGUUAAUCCGUUUUCAUACAAGCACAAGCUACACAAUACAGUAAGUUUCUACGAUUUUUGCUAAGCCUGGAAGGGAUUUGAACCCAUGACCUCUGCGACACCAAUGCAGUGCUAUACCAACAAAGCUGGCAAGACCACUGAGGGCUGGUCAUUAUCUUAGCCUCAUAAUAAACCCGUGAAGUGAUGAAUCGAUGACUGUGAAUACAUGAAAGUCAUAUAUAUGAAUUGCGCAUUGAGAAUUGGGAGCUUGUCAUAAUGUCGCUUCGUAAUAAACCCGUGAAGUGAAUAUAUGAAAAUCACAUUAGCUCUGUUGGUAGAGCACUGCAGCGGUAUUCCAAAGUCCAUGGAUUCAAAUCUCGUAUGGCCUGAACUUUUCAGGCUUUAUUUUCACUACUGCUUAAGUAGUGCUCACUGCUGCGAAGAUCUUUUUCAUAUUCAUUUAUUAAUCCGCAGUUCCCAUGCAUGAUUUUCAUAUAUUCACGGUCAUUAGCUAUAUUUUCUGUUUUGCAGGCAAGAAUCUCGGGUACGAAAAUUUGAGAGAAAUUUCUUUGCUUUAAUGGCCUAAAACGAAAUCAAAGAUCACCAUUUUUUUUAAAUACGCCGAGAGGAUUUAGACAGGGAUUUUGAGGGAGACCUUAACUCACAUUCGGAGAUUUAUCAACCGAAGGAGAAAUGAACGAUAAAGGCACAGGUAGCCCAGGCUCGCUGGAUGCGCCCUAUUAAAAGUGCAAAUAUGGGUACGCUCUCUCGCACUCGGAGGAGACUAUAGUUCGCAGUGGUUAGGUUCGGACGGCACAGUUUGGCACUAGCCCUAAGAUGUGUGUUGCUAAAAUUUUCACAGAAUUUAGAGUAGAUGUAAAUUCCUAUAUUACCUUAUAGAUAAGAGGAAAAUAAAGCCUGGAAUCUUGCAGUUUGCUAGAACCGGACAUGAUACUAAGAAAAAAAUCCAUUUUGAUUAUUUUCAAUCGACAGCCGAAUUGAUACGGCGCUAUUGUUUGCCACAGCGAAAACCACACUAAAAUUUUGCAGAAAAGAAGAAAGGAGCUUUGAAUGGGGCAUUUUGAUGAAGUGAAAAAUAACCCAACAAACUCUGCUAAUAUAUCAAAAAUGCUUAUGGACAAGUUUGAAACUUUUUCCUUGUUUUAUUACAUUUCUCAAGAGAGAAGUCCUUAUUUUGUCAACUUCUUUAAAGUUGAAAAAACACACUGCCUUACAUUUCUAAUAGUUUGUUCGAUAGUUAAAGAAAUUCAAAAUGUAUUUUUGGAGAAAAAUUGAUACGGAAAUAAAGCUCCUUACUCUCUAUCGAACAUACUUUCUGUGCUGAGUGGUCAAGACUGCAGGAGUUGCAGAUCAUCGCAGAGACGCAAAGAGGUCUUAAUACAUUGGUCGGAGUUGCAAGGUCUCCAAAAUUUCAAGCCUUGCAAGUACAACUUUUGGUCACGGCCAUUUCAACCUAAAUUUUUAGCGAAAACGCAAUGGUUUUACUGGGUCUACACUGAGUAAAGAAGUUUCUAUAUUUGGAUCUCACCUACCCUGGUAUCUAUUGGGUCAUUGCGCGAUAUUAUCGAAAAACACCUGUUUGACCAGACUUAAAAGGCUGAACGCACGCAAAUCAUGCUAAUGCUAGUGCAUGCGUUCAAGUCUUCCAACUUGUACUAUAGUAUAAACUGAUGGUAGAAAAUAAGAUAAAGAAUCAUACAAGGAAACUAAACACGUUUUCUAAAAUCAUGGAUGAUAGAAAAAUAAACUUCUGUCUUUCCAGUCCCAUUAACAUAGAUUAACUUUGCCUGUAUACUGUAAUCGAAUAAAGCUAGAUCUAUAAUUAUAAUGCCUUUGCGCCUGGUGUGACAGGCGAUACUUUCAAGCAAUUAAUAAUAACAGUUAUAAUCCAAGAGGCAUUACACCGGUCAAUCCGUUGCAUUAGGUUAAAUUAUUCGCUGCGUAUUUUACCAAUUUAGCUUUUUGUGCAAAGAGCCCAAACAGGAAGAGGGAAGUUCAUUUCUAAUAUUAAUGAUCAUCUUGGCUUGAAAACAACAGUUUCUAUCGUAACCAUAGCUACCAGGCAGUAAUAAAAGGAAACACGUUUGGCUCAAUAACACUUAAGUUGGGCACCAGAGAACGUUGGAUCUUGGAAGGUAAGAGAUGACUGUAGUUAAUGCAUGAAAAACGAGUUUGACUUUUACCCCAUGAUAAGAUAUGAUAUCCACCUUAACUCCUUUAUUUCCGUGUAGUUGAAAUAAAACGAAAAUGAAAUUUACCGAGCUUCCAAAUGUGGGUAUCACAACCAUUUGGCAAGAAAACAUUUUCCGGUACUCGAAAUAAACAGGAUCAUUAUCCAUAAUUUUUAUUUUCCUACAACAGGUUUACUUCGUGAACCUUUUCUCAACGAUAUCUGUUUAUGUUAUAAUGACACCCCUUGUAGAAAUUGUAGUUCCAUCAUUACCAUAAACAGAGUAAUAAGCCAAAUUCUAAAAAGUCAGUGCUGGCGGUUCCAAGCACGUCACAAAUUGUGAAACUGGAAAAGACAGGAAAUUCCGUAAGGCGAUGAGAGAGAAUUUAAUACAAUGAUGAAGCCUACUCUUUGGGUUCAAUUUACAUUAAAGAAAAGUAACGUUGAUGGAAAUAAUCUUCUGUAUUUGAAAGAUCCAACUUGCCAAAACCUAUGCCUGUUUAUUUCUGUACUUCUAAAGAUUUCCUUUCACAGAUCCUUUUGUUUUAUCCCUCAACUUUGACUGCCAUGCAGCACGUUUGAAUUCCGUUCAAAUUAUGGCAAAAGUGAUGAUUUUGAAAUAGAAGAACCUUGAAAUAUAUGGAAGACGAUUUGCAAGGCUCCCACUCAGAAAAAUUAGUCGGGAACGUUGGCUCACAGGUCUCGUUAACCUUAAGUCCGCACCAAUUUUAUCUAACGGAGGAAAACCUGAAACUUUUUUUGCAAUUUAAAAAGUAUUCCAGUGAAGGUCUUGGAAGCCAGAUUCGAUACUGAAUGGUUUGGCUGAGUCCAAUCAUAAAUUACGGCACUCCUUUUCCAAAUAACAAUUUGCUAUUAUCCUUGAGAUCAAGUUUGCGCAUAAAUCAACAUUCAGAGCGUCGUCUCGCUAAAGCCCUGAGUUAAGUAUAGCAGCUGUCUACUACUGGAUCGUUCUCAAUCAUUAUAAGGUAUCUUAGGAGUUUUGAUUCGACACUCUUGGUGCAUUCCUGAUGUAUCAAGGAGUAGGUCGUAAGUUGCUUGGCAAACUCAUGGAAUUUCAGUGGCUUAAGAUCCCCUGUUUACGAAAGAUUUUCUGUUCGUUCAAAAUUAAAGAGCUCAGGAGAACUCAUCUUUAAUUAAUUUUGACGUUAAUGAAUGCGAGGGAACAUAAAACGACUUGUUAUUGAGGAUCUCAAAGAGGAAAACUAUCUUUAAAUCCUUGCGCACAUGUAUCGUUUAGGGUAAGCAUGAGGGCCAAGCGAGAGAAUAUUUCGCUCGAUGUAAUAAAGUGGGUGGUACAGUUUGGCACUUGCCCGAAGAUCUGUGUCGCUACAUUUUUUACAGAAUUUAGAGUUGAUGCAAAUUAUUAUAUUACCUCAUAGAUAAAAGAAAAAUAAAGCCUGAAAUAUUUAAAAAAAAAAAGUCAAUUUUGGUUACUUACAAUCGACAGCCGAAUUGAUACGGCGCUAUUGUUUGCCACUGCGAAAACUACAUGUAUUAAAUAUUUGUAGAAAAAAAGAAAGGAGCUUUGUACGGAGUUUUUCGAUGAAAUGAAAAAUAACGCAAUAUACUCUGCUAUUAGUGCAAAACAUGCUUAUGGCAAAGUUUGAAACUUUUUUCUACUUUUAUAACAUUUCUCAAGUGGGAAAUUCAUCCUUAUUUUGUCAACUUAUUUAAAGUUUCGGUCGGUCAAUUGAGGAAAUUUUCAUUAGCACACUGCCUUAAAUUUUUGAUAGUUUAUUUGAUAGUUAAAGAAAUUCAAAAUGUAUUUUUGGAGAGUAAAUGAUAGAGAAAUAAAGUUCUUGAAAAAUUGAUACGGAAAUAAAGCUCCUUACUCUCUAUCGAACAUACUUCCUGUGUUGAGUGGUCAAGACUGCAGGAGUUGCAAAUCAUCGCAGAGACGCGAAGAGCUCUUUUACAAUCGCAUUAAAUAACCCCUGGGUGUAUGUCUCACAAUGAAAACUUUACUAAUAUAUUGGUCGGAGUAACAAAGUACUCAAAAUUUCAAGCUUUGCGAAUGCAACUUUUGGUCACGGCCAUUUCAACCCAAAUUUUUUAGCGAAAACACAAUUUUACUGGCUCUUCACUACGUAAAAAAGUUUCUAUAUUUGGAUCCCACCUACCCUGGUGUCUAUUGGGUCAUUAGGCAACAUUGUCUAAUAACUGUUAGACCAGACUUUAAACGCUUUACGCAUGCAAACACGUCUAGAGCAUGGGUAGCCGUUCAAGUCUUUCAACUUGUAUCAUUGUAUAAACUGAUGGUAGAAAGUAAGAUAAAGAAUCAUACAAGGAAACUAAACACGUUUUAGAAAAUUAUGGACGACAGCAAAAAACACUUCUGUCUUUCCAGUCCCGUUAACAUUGAUUAAAUAUAUAUAUUUAUUGUUUUUUUAGAGGGCACGGUAACGAAUCCUGCAAUCUGAUUGGUUCUUUACCCGGUCAGUAUUUUCCUAUCUCUGCCCACGGGCCACGGUAACGCUUUUGUGAAUCGCCGAGUACAUCCCAACUUUCGUUGCCUUUUUUCAUAAAUAUACCUCGUUUUCCGGCUGGGCAGUAUUUUAAAGCAAACAAGUCGGUCACUACCUCAAGCCGAUAAAUAACUUAUGAAUCCUCUCUUUUCUCUCUCUCAAAUCACUUUGGUUGACAGAAAAAUAUUGGUUUCAGAAUGAAUUUGUAUAAACAAUAGUGUCAUUACGUUGGUUGACAAGCGGCCUAAAAACUGUCUGCAAUUAAUUUUAAUCGUUCACAAAAAGUACCCAGAAAGUUAAAACGUGAGGUAUUGGGUUACAGUUAAACUGAACGAUGGAACUUUCAUUAAUUUAAUAUCUGAAUUUUCUCGAGAAAAUUGUUAGUAGAGAAAGAGCGAGCAAAGUUUUAAUUUAAGUUCUACAACAAAUAUAGGCUCCCGGUGAGUCUUUCCAAUUCCGUUCAAUUUGGACAUUUGUACCGUUAAUUACACAACAGAAACUGAAGGAAUUUUUUGAGAAAAGGCCGCAUUAAAUUCCCUUGUGUCUCGUUGGAGUGUGCCGUUCGAAUUUAGUUUUUGUGAAGGAAAGACCAGAUUUACACACGCCAUUGCAGCAAACAAACGAGCAAACUCUCACAACUUCAAAAUAAAAAAAUUGAAUUUACUCACAAUUACUUUCCUCGCCGUUUACUUAAUGAACAGAGGUAAAUCUUCGUACAUGAAUGAAUCGUCGAUGAGAGUGAAUAAUACUUUCCGUUAGAUCAUUGACUGAUUUUGAAGAAAACAUUGACGUGACAGUCCUUGCCAAACUAGUUACGUUGUUUUUCAAAUGCUCUUAUGCUUUUUUUUUUCCUUACGCGCUCUCUAAUUGACAGGUGUCAGAUUGUGACAGAUACUUGUAAAAAUAAUGUUUCAAAGUUUGUUUGGAAGCCUUUUAAAUCACCUUUAUCGUUACGGAAAUGAAAAUGUUUCGCUGAGGCAUCUCUCUUUUAAUUUGCUUCACCUCUAUUUUAACUACCAUUUACUCGCUCAAAAAUUGUUCAGUUUAUGGAAGAUCUUGCCGUAUUUACAGUCCUAAAUCAUUUGGGUUCUUUCGGAAAGAAUUUCGUCAAGUUUAAAAACAAUAAAUAUGUUAUUUACCGGCUAAGGGUCGGUCCGUAUGGUGAAAAACUGUGACCGAGGUCUUGAAAAUGCUGCCCUCGGCCUACGGCCUCGGGCAGUAUUUUCAAGACCUCGGUCACAGUUUUUCACCAUACGGACCUCCCAGCCGGCAAAUAACAUAUAUAUAUUCAGGUCGAAUAAAAUGAAUAAAGAUAAGAAGCACGUAGUGGUAAAUUCUCCUCUUCUUCUGUGUUUGUGUGAGUCUCAAAACCAUUUUUGCUGGACUUGCCUUGCAUUUUUAUUGAUGUGUCUCGUUUCUUCUCUCAAAUUCAUUUGCAUUGCAUUUGUUUGACAUGAAUUACCAAAAAACGAUCUAUAAUCAUAAUGGAGUUUACACCUGGCGUGACAGGCGAUACUCAAGGAAUUAAUAAUAACAUUUUAUAGUCCAAGACGCAUUUGUCCACUCAAUCCGUUGCAUUAGGUUAAAUUCUUCGCUGCGUAUUAUUUUACCAAUUUAGCUUUUUGCGCAAAGAACCCAAACAGGAAGAGGGAAAUUCAUUUCUAAUAUUAAUGAUCGUCUCGGCUUGAAACUAACAGUUUCUAUCGUAACCAUAGCUACCAGACAGUAAUAAAAGAAAAUGACUGUACUGAAUGCAUGAAAAACUUGAGUUUGACUUUCACCCCAUGAUAGAUAUGAUAUCCAGCCUUAACUCCUCUAUUUCCGUGUAGCUGAGAUAAAACGAAAAUAAAAUUUACCGAGCUUCCAAAUGUGGGUAUCACAAAUAUUUGGCGAAAAAACAUUCAUGCAGCUACUUGAAAGAAACAAGAUCAGUAUCCUUAAAUUUUAUUUUCUUGAACAAAACAUUUACUAUGUUAAACAAUAGAGAAAAACGUAUUGUUUAUUCUCGUAGAGUGCGUGAAGCAGGCUAAAUGUUUCAUCGUGCACAAAUUGUGUGGAUGAUUUUAUCACACGGACGGAGAACGAAAAAAGCCUUGAGUAAAAGAAAUUGUCGCAUUAAAAUCUUCUAUUAAUCACUCAAUAAAAAAAAUUACGAUCACACGAACUUUGUUCUGCGUUUUGAGGCAGAAGGCUGAGAGGUUUGUUUCCAAUCGGAAGCAGUAGAAAACUCUAUAAAAGAAGAUCAUGCCGUUAUAGUGCAAAUUUCUUGCCCGAUAGUUGCUUAUAAGAGUUUUUGGAUUAAAAAGUCUAAGACAACUUAAAGUCUCGGUACCUGCUUUUCCUGGGUUUUUCGCCGUAAAUUAGACCUCCUCAAGAAGGUAAUCGAAAUUUUUACAAUAUUGUUCUAAGGACUAAUUUCGGUGUCUAAUACGCAUGUUAACAUGUAAAGAUAUUCCUUUGAGACCCAAUUCUCUCCAUCGAGCGAAGCGAAUAACAUCCAUUUGCGUCAUUUGCAUUAAUUUCCACAUAGAACUGACAGCUGCAAGCUUUUUUUUUAAAUUUAUUUUCAUAAUACGGUUUGUUCAUAAAAAUAGGUCGAUUUUGGAAGCUUAAUCCACUGCUGGGACCUGGCGAUCAACUUAAAACUUGUGUCAUACGCGCGGGGUAGAAACAGAAAACCGUUACCUUGAAGAAGGCAUGGAAUUUGUUCAUUUUUCAUUUUCAUAACAUGGACUGCAUUAUUCACUGACUUGACUUUUGGAAAAGGUGAGUCGCAGAGAGAGAAUCAUUUUUUAUCCUUGGAUUCACUUAUGACUACAACCUUAUUAAUAUAUCUCCUUUAUUCUCUUUUGCUGAUACAAAAAUAGAAAAUGUUACUAGAAUUAGCAAAGACUAAGUCAAAAACCGACAUUCGACAUCCACCCGUGAUUGGAACUCAUUUUUGAAAAAUUAAAAGGUAUUUAACGGAAAUUUGUUAUCGUUUCUUAUUAAGAAAAUUGGAUUUUGGAUGCAAAACGACCAAAAACUUCGGCAAAUACGAAUUAAUUUAUUCAAAAUGGUUACAUUCCCAUCUCUCCUCUCUCAACAACAUUUAAGCAUGGCACUAUGUUAUGUUCAAUUUCCCUGUGUUUUAUAAGGCGGGAAUUUGAUAUUUUUGCAUCGUAUGGAAACACAUUUUAACCGCUCCUAAUCGUCUCAGAAAAAUUGUUUUUACAUAAGAACAGUGCUGACAUAUGGUAAGGAAUAGUUGUAUUUUUCUUGUUGUAUAUUCGUCCAUAAACAUAGUUUAUCUAUCAAAAGUUUAAAUCGCUUAUUGUGCAAGUCUCAGAGAAAGUUACAAGCAAAAACAUGUUUAAGGAUUAGUUUAAAGGUACUCACCUCAAAAACAGGUGGCAUCUGUCGACCGUUAAAUUGUUGAUAAUUUCAAUAUUUUUGGUUUGAAAAAUAUAGUGUUUGACUUUUUAUUUUAAUUUGCUCUCUCCUGGAAAAAAUGAAAAAAAGCGAAAAAAGUGUUAUUAAGAAAAACGAUUUUUUUUUCAUGACAUCGAUCAUGAAGUAGAGAAGGAAUUUGAGAAAAAUUUGCGGAUAGCUUAUUAACGGCUUUUGUUCCAUCUCCCCUAAAAUAAUAAGAGGAGAGAAACAAAACACACGAAAAUGCUCUCCACUAACCUUGUGUCUUCACAAAAGACAAGUGAUGCUCGAUGCUGUCAAGUUUUGUUCUUGUUUUUGUUCUUGCGGCGCUGGAGAUAUUUAUCUAGGGCCCAAUUAUACAAAAAGUUAGGAAUUUCAAAUAUAACAGCGGUGACAGCGACAUCAACAAAAGAAAUUAAAAACAUCACUCAAAUUUGCCUUGUCCCAAGCAUUUUAUUUGUUAACCUUCUUUAUCUCAGAUAGGCAAAAAUCCGCAAAUGAAGGUAGUAUUAAUUUUUCUCCAUUUUCCCGUAUUCUUGGUGGGCUGGUUAAGUUACACGGAACCUAUAAUUUUUUUUUCCUAAUUUUACAAGAUAGCACACCAAAAGUAGAGUUAUAAGGGAAAAAGGAUCUGGCAACCGUUUCCUUAUAAACUCCUGUCCUCAAGAAGACCGUAGAAAAUGAAAUAGAGGCAAUGCAUAAUUCAAGGUACGAAUAAAAUUUAUUGGAUGUCUUACCACCUUGAUGUACUACGAGCCUGCUGCUUAAUGUUCCUACAUGAUUUUAAAACCUAAAUGCUGUGAUUUUUUUCGUGAUGGCUAAAAGGUUCCAAGGAUUCUGUUAUCGAUUAUAAAACGACGAUAUAAUGCCAGUUUCUGAGUGGCCUUGAGUUGUUUUCCUCUAACGGAAGCAGUAUUGCUAUGGUAGUCAGCGUUUAACUUCCCGAACCGAUUAUAUCAUGAAUGCUUGAGUAAAAACUAGGUAAAUCAUAAUUUACCCUUCGUUAAGUGUAAGAUGAAAAGUUCAGGAUGAAGAUUAUAACAUACACGAUGCUUCGCAAAGUAAAUCUUGCAAGCCUCACCACAAUAUUCUGUAUUUCUAGCAUCUGCAUUUCCUUGAUUGUUAAUUCCAUAUUCUACAUAUGCACCUACUUACUUCGUUUCAAGGCCCCAAUAAAACACGUUUAACGAAAGAUGAAUCGUAAUCGUAAUCGUAAUCAUGAGCUUUAGUCGAACAGUUUGAUCUAUUCGUAAUUGCAAAAAAUAGCACGAUUUAAUAUAUCGACUGCCUAAAUAAAGUAUUCUCUAUAUCGUUGAAAACGCGAAUGAGACCAGUCGACACUCAAAAGACAACUAUCUGAUAACAACUCGAAUAGUAAACAGGGCAUUAAGAGCGACGCUGAAUAAGUUCCCUGAAAAAUGCAAGCCUCUUAACUUAGGCAAAACCCAUGUCUUGAAAGCUGUCUUUGAAACAAUUUCACUAUUCUCUACUGGAACUUUUUCUUGAAUUUAUGUACAGUUCUUCGCCUCAGAUACAAAACAAAUGAAAAAUGUUCCUCCGUGCAUAAGUUCUAAAGAUUGUUUGACAGUUUUCAAUUUCAGAAAUUGAACCAUUCGUGCAUCGAGACUAAUACAAUUGCAAAUUUUAACAAUAGAGACUUGAGGACUAGAAAUGUGGAUCACACAAUUUUUCCAACAUUUUAUUUCUUUAAUUAAAUUGAAGUUCGAAAUUAUUGAGCUAUUUUUCCGUGGCAUAUCACAUCUAAUAAGAACUUAAACAAUUAUGAGCGUAACUUGAAAAUUCGAGCAAAUUCUACCGAAGAAUUAGGCAAGCUGGAAAAAUAUAUGAGAUGAUUUAUUAAAGACGUCAUUUUGUGGCUCAUAUAAAGACAUAAAAAGCUUCUGUUAUCUGCCUUGUCUGUCAUCUUGAACAAAACACUUACUAUGUUAAGUAAUAGGGGAGAAAUUAAUUGUUAAUUCUGGUAAAAGUGCGCCUAAAAAAAUGUUUUAAAACUCCCACAGAAUGCGUGAAGCUGGCUAAAUGUUUCACCGUGCACAAAUUGUCGGGAUGAUUUUAUCAUACCGGGACGGAAAACGUUGUGCUUCCUGUCUAACUUGUAGUGACGAAGCCCUGGGAAGAAGAUCGAACGAUCUUACAAGAAUAGGAACUUUUGAAAUAAUUUCGAAUCAUUAUUACGAAUUGAUUUAAGGUUUCUUGAGACGAGACAGAGGACAAUUCAAUGAACUAUUAGUAAUGCGAAAAGGACAUAAGUAAAUUUCAAGACAGUGUGUAUAACGAAAGAAAGAAAGUUAUAUUUGCAGCGCCAUUAUUUUAUUUGAACUACACUGUCGAUGACUCAUUAAAAACCGUCAUGCUAAAAAAUAUUUAGCAACAGCUUUUAAGUAUUUGGCAUAUCAGCGUAAAUUUACAUCGUAUUUUGUUUAAUCUUUUUGUCCUCAUUGUCAACUUGAAUUUGUAUUGUAGCUCUUAAGCCUUUGAGGAGCGGGAAAAUCGUUUGUAUCGCGUGUGUUUGACGUCCGUGAAUUAUGGUCAUUGUGGCUUUCGCGCAAGAUGGAGCUGUGUAAAUAUUCACCGUAAAUUCCAACACGAAUCGUCAGUAUUUUCAGUAAAGUCAGUAAAGACUUCCUCAAGGCCAGAGCAAGUUUUCAAAGUAAAAUCGCGCGACAGUUUGAUGAAAGUCCUUUCUUAAUUAGAGAACUAACUUUCAAAACCACAAACAUGUGCAAAUUUUUUUUCUCGCUUAGUAAGAAUAUAUCAUCUCUUCUCAAGUUCUUGUCGAGGUCGAGUCAUCAUCACUUCACAUCUGGAACCGAAAUUUCUGAAUAGAGAUUUUUAAUCCUUGUACAUUUGUUCUUCUAUGGGCAAUUUAAGAACCUCUAAUGGAGGGAGAUAUCCGCACGCUAAAAAGCUUCGUAUUAGGGUUGAUUAUCACCUGUUUCAGUUGAUUUAGGGAGCGAAGUUUGUUGAGAAUAAUGUGUCUGCGUAUUUUAACUCCAAAAACUGACAAAUUAAGGCGAGCUUGAAACGGGAACAUGGCUUUUCUGUUAAUUAAAUGUCUAUUGUUACCAAAGUUGCUAUACGUCAAAUAUUAAAAAUACAAUUAAAUUUUGCAGGGUAUUUAUCUCUUGGUGGGAAUGAAUGAAAAAUGUGCUGGACAAAUAUGCUGAAAAAUAUGCAUGAUCUUUUAAAUUUUGAAAGUUCUUUUUAUCAAAAAGUCUAAAAGAACUUAACGUCUCAGUAUCUGCUUUUCCUGGGGUUUUUCGCCGUCAAUUAGACCUUCAAGAAAUUGAUCAAAAUUUUUACAAAGUUGUUGUCCUGGGGACUAAUUUCACUGUCUAAUAAGUAUGUUAACAUUUAAAGAUAUUCCUAAGAGAUCUAAUUCUCUCCAUCGAGCGAAGCGGAUGACACCCAAUUGCGUCAUUUGCAUUAAUGUCCACAUAGAACCGACAGCUACAGGCCUUUUUUUAAAAUUUCUUUUCAUAAUACGGUUUCAUUCAUAACGACAGGUCGAUUUGGGAAGCUUAAUCCACUGCCGGGAGCUGGCGAUCAACUUAAAACUUGUGCCAUACGCGCGGGGUAGAAACAGAAAACCGUUACCUUGAAGAAGGCAUGGAAUUUAUUUCAUUUUUCAUGUUCAUAGCCUGGAAUGCAUUAUUGACUAGCUUCACUUUUGGAAAAGGUGAGCCGCAGACGGAGAAUCAUUUUUUAUCCUUUGAUUUACUUAUGAGAUACAAAAAGAAUUAAAGUUACACCAAUUAACAAAGACCGACAUUCAACAUCCACCCAUGAUUGGAACUCGUUUUUGAAAAUUUAAAAUUAAACAAAAAUGUUUUAUCGUUUCUUAUUCAGAAAGAUUAGAUGAAAAACGGCAAAAACGACAAAAACGACAAAAACUUUGCAAAUACAAAUUACUUCAUUGUACAAUGAAUGUACAACAUUGUACAGAACAGUGCUGACAUAUGGUAAAGAAUAGCUACAUUGUUUUGUUGGAUAUUCGUCCAUAAAAUAAAAAUCGGGUAUUGUGCAAGUGUCAGAGAAAGUUAUUAGCAAAAAUACAUUUAAGGAUUAGUUUAAAGGUACUCACCUCAAAAACAGGUGGCAUGACUACCGUUAAAUUGUAGGUACUUUCGAUAUUUUUGUUUGAGAAAUAUAGUGUUUGACUUUUUUCAUUUGAAUUAACCAUUUUGCGAGAAAAAUUCGAAUUUCCCAACGUAUAUAUCGAUAGAAACGUCUUGAACCCGUAUAUGAAUUUCCUGUGUGACGCCUGAUAACGAUGGCCUGUCUUAAUGGCAAUUAGCAUAAUUUUCCUCUUUCCAUGAUAGUCGGUCAAAAUAACCAAAGGCGAUCGUUUAAACUCGAGGUUUAAGGUUUAUAAAAAAAAAUGAUUUUUUUUCAUGACUUAUCGAUCAUGAAUUAGAGAAAGAACUUUUGAGAGAAGGAAAAUUUUGCGGAUAGCUUUUAUUAACGGCUUUUGUUCUAUCUCCGCUAAAUAAUAUCGUUCAGGGGAAACAAGAAGACACGAAAUGCUCUAUAAACAUCCUUACUUCACAAGUGAUGAUCGCUGCUGCUAAUUUUUGUUUUCGUUUUACUUUUGUUUUUAAACUUUGGACGGGAGGGAGAGCUGAGGUUAAUUAUCUUGUGCUCUAUUACACAAAAUAUUCAUAAUUAUGAUAGAUUACAGCAACAGUAAAAGAUUGACGGAUCGCUUUUCUUUAUGGAUUUUGCCCUAUCUCCCCUAAAAUAAUAUCGCUCCGGAAAAUAGAGAGAUUGAACCUUCUCUCUAAAAGACUUGCUUCUUCACAAAAGACAAGUGAUGGUCGCUGCUACCAAUUUUUGUUUGCGUUUCACUUUUGUUUUGAAAGUUUUUUUCAGUGGGGAAGGGGACUGGGUGUAACUAUCUAGUGCCCUAAAAACUUUACUUAAAUUUGUCUUUUCCGCAAGCAUUUUAUGUGAUGUUUUGUGUGAUGUUUUGUGCCAUCUGAUCGCGGAUUUGAGACAUGGAAAAUUGUCCUAGAUACUUAUGUUCUUAGAAAGACAAAAGUCUGCAAAUGAAGGUAUUAUCAAUUUUUCUCCAUUUUCUGUAGUAAUGGUUUAAUUGAGAUCACAGUUCUUUGUUCAUCAAGCGUGUUAUUUUGCACGCUUAAUAACUGAAAUCGUGAGUUUAUUUCUGUAUGAUAAGAAAAAAAUAUUUUCUAAUUAUAUUUUGAUUGCUUUAUUUAAGAGCGAGAUCGCACAAUGCUGUUUCCAGAAUACUUCUUCUUUGCUGAAAAACGUUUGGAAAACCAUGAAAUCGAAACCAAAUACGUCAAAGACUUGGAUCAAUGUGAGCUUUUCUGCUACAUGAACGACAACUGCGUCAGUGCUAACUUCAAAAAAGAGCCAGAUACAAGUGUAAUGGCUCAUGUUUGUGAACUGAAUAACGCCACUCAUCUUGACCAUGAUACUGACCUGAUAACUGAUGCUGAUUUUUAUUAUCGAGGCUCAAAGGUAAAAUAUAAAGUAUAACUCAAAUUCAGCAACUCGGCGAUGAAUCACGGAAAACAAACGACGUUUAACAAAACUUAAGUUCGUUCAUUCAUGUAUCAAUCAUUCAAUACAUUGAUCUUCUUUAAUUUUUCUUUUUUUCUUUUUUCUUUUCAGAACGCGUGCGGUAAAAACCUCCUGUGUCAAAAUAAUGCAACUUGUCAGUCCGGUUUCACAAUCAAGGGAUAUCGAUGCUCGUGCCCCCCUGGAUUCGAAGGAGAACAUUGCGAAAAAGGUUAAUUACAGUAUAGACCGAUAAGAACAAAACAUUUCCCGGAGUAUUUAAACCCCCAUAUUUAUAUAUCACGUUUGGUCGUCGAGUGCGUAUCUUAACGGAAGACUACCAAGGCUGAUCUUUGACGACUGAUAUUAGGCUACAAUUUGAAAUGGUGUCUAAAGAGAGAUUCCGCUGCAGUGAAAGUUUUGGGUCAGACUAAAUUAAAAAUUAAUUUGACACAAUGAUAACAGACUAAAAGCUUUUUCACCGCAUAAGAGUUUUAAAAAGCGAAUGUAUAUCUCACUACUACCGUUCUAGAAUUUUUCUUUUCUUUACAAUAUUUUAGAUAUUGAUGAAUGCCAAAAAAAUACUCACGAUUGUCACCUGAACGCUACUUGUCAAAACACAAAUGGAUCCUUUGUGUGCACCUGUUUAUUUGGAUUUAACGGAGAUGGACGGAACUGCACAGGUAAAGGCCUUUAGAUUGUACGUAAUUGUCUCGUUAUGACUUUGAGAAAUGUUAAUUUGCUUGUAGUUGUUUGUUUAAUUUGUACUUUCCUUCUUGGUUGAUUUGUUUGUUUGUUUUGAUAAAGCAGUUACCCUUGCCUGAACAUUUUUGACCAAUGGCAGAAAAUGAAAAUCCUCAAUCCCAAUUAAACGCAAGGGAACAAAAUGCUGAACGUCUUCGUUGACCAGCUUUCUCUUUAAUAAAACAUAGCGACCAACAACUCUCUAACGACAACUAUCGCACUCAAUGUUCAAAAUAAGGUUUAUACAUGUAUCAUACUCCAAGAAUCGUGAUUGAAAGCCUUUCAUUUCUAAGAUAUUGACGAAUGUGCAAGAAAUCUUUCUUGUCAUGUGAAUGCUACCUGUACCAACACCAUUGGAUCACAUGUAUGUACAUGCCACACUGGAUACACGGGAGAUGAAAAAUCUUGCUGGGGUAAUUUUAAAAAUUUUCCUUCAAUCCCAGCUAUUUAAAGCGGAGAGUAAUCUAAAACGUCUUUUUAACUCAAAUUAUGGUGUCAGAAGUAGUCAAACAUUUAUCCUAAAAUGUAGUUCUACUCCAUAAUUCACCUCUCAUUAGAAAUGGUGGAUUAUUUCACUUUGUCCCACAUCUUUUGAGAUUAGGUUUGCAGUAUUCAUGUACAGGUGUUCAUUAGAUAUUGAUCAACCAAACAUUUUUCAACAUAACAUCCAAUUCUGGUUUGUUACUUGGUGCACUUGAUCCUCAUUAGACAUCGACGAGUGUUCAAACAUAAACAUCUGCAAUAAGAACGCCUUCUGCAGUAAUACCCAGGGCUCCUACAGUUGCGCCUGUAAUCCUAAAUACACUGGGGAUGGUUUGACUUGUAAAGGUUAGUCUCUUGUAAUUGAUCCUUUAAAAAAUUUGUAAAGACGGUACUGGCUGAACUCGCUGUAAAUAAUCUUGAGUGAAAUGCUAUUCUUGUUUGACCAUAUAACAAAUCACGUUAGUUUUUAGUGCCUUUAAAUUGCUUGGAAACGUCCUUCGACAAACAAAUAGGGAAAAAGAAAGAUACUUUUGAUUUUUUUAUAGACUUAAUAUGCAUGGUUUUUGUCCUCCAGGGGAGAAAACAAUGAUCCCCAUCAUUUAUUCCUGAUGACGCAUAACUGUUUUUGUAAAUAGAAUUAUUAUGAGGCUGUGUCUCGAAUAGAUUAAAAGCAAUCGACCAAAAUAAUCUGACUGGCUAAAAUCGAUGUUGACAGCGGUUAAGAUUUUCCCAUUUUAGCCUAUUAAGGUGAUUCCUAAGAGCAUAAAUAUUAUCUGACGGUUUUUUUCAAUCUUUUCUUUAAUGUUCCCUAUCAAUGUCUGUUUCGGAAGAUACAAUAAAAAAGACAGGUCACCGUUCUUGUUCGGUAGCUGGAAGCAAAGAUUUUCAAAGUAAAAAUUUAAAAAAAAACCUUGAAAGGCACAAAGUCUUGAACGUAGGGAACAAUUUGAUAUAUAAUUUGUGAAAAAUCAAGUAAUUUAAUCGACAUCGACUUAAAACGUUCCUCGAGUCGUUGCUCUCAAUGUCAUAAUUUUCAUUAUCAAGAUGAUUUUUAAAUUUCUCCAAUUUAACGGGGCUAACUUGUACACCAAAAUUAUGCUAUGAAAAAAGAGGUCACCGUGCUUGGUAAAGAACUAAAGAGCAUCGCACCUCUUUACAGGGUCCAUUGAUUGAAAAGCAAUAUCGUGCUCUCGGAAUUCGCGCGCGCUUAUUCGCUUGAUUACGUGAUUUUUUUACGCAGUACAGGAUGCCCAGUGCAAUACUAAGGAAUCUCCUUUAGUCUGAGAGCAAGAUUCAAUUUGUUAGAUCAUUUCAAUAGUAAUUAAUGGAAGAAUGAAUACCAAAAAUUAGGAUGCAGGCAAAGAGAAUAAGGCUAAGCUACGAGCAAAGUAUGAAGUCGACAUUGAAGACUUUUUGCAGGCAGAAAUCCAGCAACACUUAAUGCGAGACUAGGAGUGACUUAAAUGGAAAGAAACAUAUUUUGUCAGUCGCUGGAAAAGGUUCGAGCAAAACUGCAAUAACCAGAAAAACUCAACAAGACACGAACCAACUUCUAAGUCAUGUUUUUGGGCUGCCAAAUCGAGCAAGGUUUCGUCAAUUCAAAAAUCGAUAAAUUACAGUGACACUCAUUUUCAACUUAAUCAAACUUCUCCUCUUGAAGUUCUUUCCUUAAGGAGUCGUAUAUUUAAAAAACUUUCGGUAUUUUCUGUCAAAUUUACGAGAAUUCAAAGUUGAAAUAGUUCCAUUCACACGGAGCUGGCACUUGCCAAAAGUUUCAGCUUGCCUUUUUAUUACGCGAAUUUUGAUUGGUGUAUGUGUUGUCAGAUGCCCGAUUUGAUUGGCUAUAUGGAAACACUAUCGUCCAGAGCAUGUAUUGAGAAAAUGGAUAUCAGUCAAGCUAUAAAUAAACAGCAUUUACCUUCUUCUGCAAUUUUAUUGGAGAAAUAUGCCUAAAAUAUAUAGGGUAUUUUUUUGUGAAAAAGUUUUCUGUGUCGUAGUAGAAUUGUAAUGUAGUAAAUAGUUUUCUUCAAAGUAAGCAGAUAUGCCUGAACAACUUCGUUGGGAGCCGAUUACUGCUUAAGCAACAGAGAACCUUUUUUUCGGUGUUUACAUUCUCUCAUUUAAACACUCGGAGGGUUGGGAAAUUUCUUGAAAGUUAUGCAAACCCUCGACUGCGUGUCGGGUUUGCAUAAUCUUCUCAAAUUCUCCCAACCUCCUCUCGUGUUUAGAUGAGAGUAUGUAAACACGGUAAAAAAGGUUUUCUUUUGCUUGAGCAGUAAUCGGCUUUUAACGAAGUUGUCCAGGCAUAUCUUCUCAGAUCGAAGAAAAACUAUUUACUACAUUACAAUUCCACUACGACAUAGAAAACACAUAACCUGACACAGCUUAUUGGCGAUAUCAAACGCAUGUAAAAAAUUAUCGCAAUAUUAUAGGCGUGCUGUUACGGCUUUUCACAGGGCGGGAAAUCCUUCUUAAAAACUGCAGCUUAUGUAAUUUUUUUUUCCUUCAGCUUUCUUAUAAAGAAAAAUAUAUAUCGCAUUAACCGAAAUUCAACUUUUUAGCCGAUCCGUGCUAUAAUUACAGAAACCUGAGUGAUGCUGACAGAAAGAGCACUUACAACACACCCUACGGUGGAGAAAAAUGUGACGACGAGUCCUCAUCCAUAAUAUUCGGGGAAUGGUAUCGUUUCGUAGGAGAUGCAGGAACAAAAAUGCCAACCCAGUGCGUACCGGAUAAUAGAUGUGGUGCGGUCUUAUCAGGCUGGCUAAAAGGUGGUCACCCCACACUGGCAGAUGGUGAGGUUACCUCCAAGGUCUGCUUUACCAGAGGUGGAGAUUGUUGCAAGAAAUCAAGGGUGAUAAAAGCGAAAGACUGCGGAUCCUACUUUAUUUACAAACUACGAAGGGCACCUGCUUGUGAUCUGCGCUACUGUGGCACAGACUAA